CAGCAACACAGACAGCGCGGUCGGGUUUCGGGGGCAGCAGGCGGGAGAGUUCGGCAACUCCCUGAAGCUGAGGCGCAGCGGAGCGUGGCCGCAGAGAAGAGCAAUUUAAACCUUGCGGGCUCUGCCGGGGAUCCGCGGCCGGACGCCAGCAGCCAUAAGAAGUAGACCGAUCACGUGACUUCCUACAGCGCGAGCCAUGGCACUGCCGUUCCGGAAGGACUUGGGGGAGUUUAAGGACCUGGAUGAGGAUGAGCUCCUUGGCCGUCUGUCAGAAACAGAGCUGAAGCAGCUUGAAACUGUCCUGGACGAUCUCGACCCCGAGAAUGCCCUUCUGCCUGCAGGGUUUCGGCAAAAGAACCAGACAUCAAAGUCUGCCACAGGGCCCUUCGACAGAGAACGUCUCCUUUCUUAUCUAGAGAAGCAAGCAUUGGAGCAUAAAGACCGGGAAGACUAUGUGCCCUACACUGGAGAGAAGAAAGGGAAAAUUUUUAUCCCCAAACAGAAACCUGUGCAGACUUUUACAGAGGAUAACAUAUCUCUUGAUCCAGAGUUAGAAGAAGCUUUGACAAGUGCCUCUGAUACGGAACUGUGUGACCUUGCAGCUAUCCUUGGGAUGCACAAUCUGAUUACAAACACUCAGUUCUGUGAUGUGGUGGGAAGCAGUAAUGGUGUCGACCAACAACAUUUUUCAAAUGUGGUAAAAGGGGAAAAGAUUCUUCCAGUGUUUGAUGAGCCACCAAAUCCAACCAAUGUUGAAGAGAGUUUAAAGAGAAUUAAGGAAAAUGAUGCCCGUCUUGUUGAAGUUAAUUUGAAUAAUAUUAAAAAUAUCCCAAUUCCAACUCUAAAAGAUUUUGCAAAGACUUUGGAAACCAACACACAUGUGAAACAUUUCAGUCUUGCGGCCACCAGGAGCAAUGAUCCCGUGGCUGUUGCAUUUGCAGACAUGCUGAAAGUGAACAAAACUUUGAAGAGUUUAAAUAUGGAGUCCAACUUCAUCACAGGCACUGGGGUUUUAGCACUGAUUGAUGCUUUGAGAGAUAACGAGACCCUGACAGAGCUCAAGAUCGACAAUCAGAGACAGCAGUUGGGCACAGCUGUAGAAUUAGAAAUGGCUAAGAUGCUUGAAGAAAAUACGAAUAUCCUUAAAUUUGGGUAUCAGUUUACACAGCAGGGACCCCGAACCAGGGCAGCCAAUGCUAUAACGAAAAACAACGACUUGGUGCGCAAGAGGCGAAUUGAAGGAGACCACCAGUAAGAAUGCCGAGGGAUCCUGGGAAGCCUGCAGAUCACCAGAGGCUCCUGUUGGGACAGCAGAUGUAAAAACUUCCUGGGUAGAAGGGAAAAGACUGGAAAUCUUUUUUUUAACUAUAUGCAUUAUUUUCCUAGCUUAAGGUAUUAUAUUUGAUUUGUAAAAUCAGUGAUGGGUAGUAUUAUAUUUGUAGCCUUUCUACUGAAAUCAUUUUAAUUUAGCUUCAUUGAAUGGCUUAUAAUUUUUAGAUAAAAAUUUAGAAGUCAUGUAUGUAAGAAUAAUUUUGAACACCUUCAGGACCAAUCUUUUUAAAUCAAAAAGGGACAUUGCUGACUCAGUGUAGCUCCUUACACAUAAAGGGUAAGGCACAUGGCAGUUUCCUUUUAAAAAAAAAAAAAAAUCCAUGAAUUUGGCAAGAGUUUGCUUUUUUCCUUAUUAGGGAAAUAAAUUUUCAGAAUUUUAAAAGAUGGCUCAGCAUCUGAUUUAUCUCCAUAAGCCAGCGCAGGCCUCCAGGAGACAGACCGGUCCUCCUCUGGGAGACAGAAUGGGCCUCUGUGUUGCAGGCUUCUGGUCUUGUCCACUGAGCCUCAGCUACACUGGGGUUUUUGUUUGUUUAUCUGUUUGUUUGUUAAUACUCCAUAAUACUGCCCCACUGCCUGCCUUGUUUAAAAGUAUAGUUAUAUCUAAGAUUACUGCAGUAUUUCAUCUUGCUGUGGGCAUUAAAUUUUUGGAAAAGCUAAUGGUUAAAGAGCAUCAAAGUAGAGAGGUUAUUUUCUUCCCCAUAAAAGGCUCUUGGGCAAUACUCAGUCACUUAGAUAAAGGAGAGAAAGGUGCUGUUAGAUGUAGGAGGGAGUCAAGCCCAAGAAAGUCGCAGCACAGCCACUGAAGCUGUGAGCAGUCAGUUAGAAGUAAGACCGAGCUAGCUGUGGGGACUCGCUCCUGUAAUCCCAGCACUCGGGAAGCUGAGAAAGGAAGAGUUCCAGAUGUUCAAAGCCAGCCUGGACUACAUAGGAAAUUCCAGGUUAGCUUGGACUACAGAUGAGAGAACCCAGGUCAAGAAAAGAAAAACCUGUACUGUGUGGUAAAAUGUUCCAUACAUGAUUGCGUAGGUGCAAUGCAGCAUUGCAUGCAUGGAGUUAAUCCCCACUCCACAGUGCUCCAGCCAAUCGCAAACACUGCCAUUCUUCAGAAAUCCAACUUUAGCAGAUGCUUCCUUUCCACCUUAUACUUUUAAAAAUCCAUAUGGUUAAAAAAAAAAAUUCCUGUAGCAUUGAUCAUCUUUAUCACCCAGGCGUUAGAGUGAGGACUUGAGAGCUCUGCAGACUGGGUUGGCAAGGCUGCACACUGAUGCCCAGUCCCAGGCAGCUCCUACGGAAGGAGUAGCAGAGGUGUUCACGGCCACAGGCAACAGAGGAAAAGGUGCAGUAUGAAUCAGUUGACUUUGCUUGUACCAUUCCAGUUCUGUUCUAUAGUACAUUAUAUAACUGAAGAAAAUACUUCUUUAUAAGUGACUUAAGUCUGAACUCAUUUGAUUAAAUAGAUGUCUUAAGAAUUAUAAUGGAGGCCAGGCAUGGUGACGCACGCCUUUAAUCCCAGCACUCGGGAGGCAAACGCAGGUGGAUCUCUGCGAGUUCCAGGACAGCCAGAGCUGUUACACAGAGAAACCCUGUCUUGAAAGAAAAAAAAAUUUCUAAUGGAAAACAGUGUUUACCUUGAUCUUUAAAAGUCUGGCACCUCUUGACUUUUUAGUAACUCAGUAUUUUUAAAUUCCUCUGAGAUUUUUAUGACAGAGUAAUAAAUUAGGACUUUGCAACAGUUUUAAUUUUAAGCCAGAGAUUUUCUAAGCCCUUGAGUUUUAUAUCAGGUUAAAUGGUUAUCUAAGAAUAACAUGUUUUUAAGUUGCUCUUUUAAAAAGCUUUAAAUUGCCCAUUUCAUAAAACUGUGUAUUCAUUUUUGUAUUGUUACAAUUUUCAUUAUGUCUACAUCAAAGUGUAUACAUUAAAUUCAAUGUUACUGGCUAAUAUUAAUACCUUGAACAUAGAUUUUGGUGCUAUACACUUAUAGCUGAAACCUACUGGAGUUUAAAAAAUAAGUAAAAUACAUUUUCUAAAGGUGCCUGUCAUUUCAAAGACCAAAUAAACAUUUUGUAUUGAACAUAUAAGCAGAUGUUGGUGAUUCCAAGGAGAAUGUUGUGGUCAUUAAGUUACAUAUUAUCCCUGGUCACAUUAGCCACAUGCUUAUAUAAGGGGCACACUCCUGAAAAGGUGAUGUAAAUAGAACUUGAAAAACGGUUUCCAACUGAUGAUCCCUUCGUGUGUUUUCUUUUAAAGGUGAUAUAAUAAAAUUAUAAAAGAAAAUAUCCUAAUAAAGUAUUAGUUGUAUAUA